AUGGAUUUUAGCCAGUCCCUCAGUAUAGCCGACAACUACACCAGCCUCCUAGCAAGGAUACCUCUCAGCUUCCGUCUCCCCGUUCCCCCGCCCGAUGUGAUGCGCGAAUGUCUUAGUGGUAGCCCCCUAGAUGUUAUCAAUCCAUUGCCUGACAAGCAAUUGCCCGACACCCCUGUAAAUCUGUGCAUCCGGGACCAGAGGCCAAAAUCGGCCUUUGUAAGUGUUAACCCUCGGUCAUCAAACAGAGGUAAUCCACUCGUUUCUGAGAUAUGGACAGUGCCCCGCGCAUCUCUGGGUUGCGAGGCUCCAGUGAUACCGCUAAAAGCCAAAGAAAAUUUGUAUACAGUAUUGCCGUCGACAAGGCGACGAGCGGGAUGGAAAGGUUUAUCUGUGUGUGCCGCCUGUUUCCGACCAUUCAGUAAAAUGAGUGAACUGAACCAUCAUUACAUGCAGAAGCACCAGGAAUUACUUGAACGAGAAUGGAAUGCCGCACUUAUUAAACGGCAACGAAGGUGCUACAAAACUUCCAAUUACAGGCGCCUCAUUUGUGAUCAGCCUCGAACCCAGAAGGAUGUCCCACCCGUGGAGACAGCAUGGGAGAAUGCAGCACAAAGCCAAUCGCAAUCAGUCACAGAGGCGUGCAAUCGCCUUAUGGCGAGGAAGAUGGAGAAGAGUCCACGCAAAAGCCAUGUUUGUCCAUGGUGCAGCUACUGCGCCAAGUGGCCUACGGAGCUGCAAAAGCAUAUUGUGGUGCAUGCUAAUUCGAGGCCUUACUCUUGCAUAAUUUGCAGCAAUUGCUACAAAUGGAGUUGGGAUUUGGGUCGCCACUUCUCCACCGUCCAUGCCGGUCUUCCGAAUCCCUACAAGAUGAACAAAAGAAGUCUCCGAGCCCAAAUCCAGCGCUCCAAAUGUGAUAGCGUCACCAUUUAA